UAAGGGGUGUGAGCUGCUGACGUCACAGCAGCGCGCCAAUACGCAUGGAACAGCAACAUCAGGCACAAUGUGGAGGCUCAUCCCAGAGACUGGAGGAGGUGAAACCUAUCACUUUCUCACUGGUAGUGAAUAUGUUGUUGGAAGAAAGAACUGCGCAAUAUUAAUACAAGAUGACCAGUCCAUUAGUAGAUCACAUUCUGUUUUAUCUGUCAGCCAUUCUCUUUCGAACCUGGGUCACCCUCACAUAAUUCCUACUUUAACAAUUAAAGACUCCUCAAAGUAUGGCACUUUUAUUAAUGGAGAGAAGAUGGAGAGUUCUGUUGCCAAGAAUUUGGAAUCUGGCGAUAAGGUUACAUUUGGUGUAUUCAAUAGCAAGUAUUGCGUGCAGUAUGAUCCUCUGGUCAUUUCAUCUUCCUGUCUGGCUGGAUCAGAGAAGACAUCUUUAAAUGAAUUUGUUCUGCUACUCGGUGGUCAUAUACUUGGCAAUUGGACAGAGAAAUGCACCCAUCUUGUCAUGAAUUCCAUUAAAGUCACAAUCAAAACAAUAUGUGCCCUAAUUUGUUGUCGACCAAUUGUGCUUCCAGAGUAUUUCAACCAGCUGAUCAAAUCCAUUAGACAGAAGCAAACACGACCUGCAUUAACAAGCUUCAUUCCCUCCAUUGACGAACCUUCAAUUAAAUCUGAAUCCGUUGACCUCUCGAAUAAUGCAAAAAGAAAAGAUAUCUUCAAAGGCAAAGUCUUCAUAUUUUUAAAUGCUAAACAGUACAGAAAACUUAGCCCCGCAAUUACUUUUGGGAGUGGAGAAGCAAAACUGUUGAAGGAAGAUUUGAAUGAGCCAUCAAUAUUGGAAAAUCCUUCAACUUGUGUGAUUGACAUGGGAGUAGCAGACUCACAGCUCUCAGUAUCUGAGUCUUCACCAACCUGGAUCAACUCUAUUCUCAAUGUGCUCCAAAGUAAAGAUCUAAGAGCUAUCCCAGAGGCAGAAAUAGGUUUAGCGGUUCUCUAUAUGUCAACAGAAAUAUAUUGUAAUCCUCAAAGAUGCUCAGCAAGUGGAAAUCUGACUGAUAUUCCCAAGACGAGCAUUAUUUCUCAAAGUAUGGCUGUUGAUGAGACUGUGCUACCUGCACCCACUUUUAACACCACUGCCUAUGUUGCAAAUACAGAACCGCAAGAUCAAGCAAAUACUUUGAUGGAUGUAAGUGGAGUUCAAGUCGUUAAAGAAACACCUAAAAGGAAUCACAAAGGUAACAACUCAAAGGGAUAUUCUGAACAUUGCCCGGAUAAUAGCAGUGAUGUCAAGGGAGCUUUGAUUCAAGAGAAUACAAUUCUGUCAGAAAAAAGCCAAUUGCCAGAAUUUCCCAGAUCUAAGGAGAGGACAUCACAGAAAAGUCAACCUGCCAGUCAAAUAAAGAAUUAUUUCAAACCAUUAUCCAAGAAGAGAGAUCGAGAGGACGAUGAAAGAGAUAUGUCUUCCACCAAGGUAGCAAGAGUGGAAAACAUCCUGCCUUCUUCUGAACAACUGGCACCCAUUGUAUCACAAUCAAUGAAAGACAAGGGUAGGCUUAUAUCUCAAGAUGAGGACUUAGAUCUGGAAACUGAGCCAGUUUUGUCACAUGGAGAGAAAUUUGGAAUUUCAAAGACUCCGCCUACAGUUAGCACCUUAAUGGGUAAAGCAACUUUGGAAAUGGAUGGAACAACUAAAAAGAGAAAAGGGCUUGAAGAGGAUUUGGUCGAAGAGUCUGAUUUAGAAAGUGAUGGAGAUGUCAAUGAUGUCAUGGAGCGGAAUGAUUUAAAUUGUAGCAAUAUCAAUGAUGUCAAAAGAAGGAAAGUGGAGUCCAAAAAUGACAAUAUCAAAUUUGAGGAUGGCACAAAGAGUACAUCAGAUAUUUGUACUUUAAAUAUGGGAAUAAAGAAAGAACCAGAAUCUCCAAGUCAAGAGAAAAAGGAUAUUUGUACUUUAAAUAUGGGAAUAAAGAAAGAACCAGAAUCUCCAAGUCAAGAGAAAAAGUUUGCCAAAGCACCAAAAAUAGAAAAUGACUAUGAUGGACUCCCUAGCAAGCUCUUACUGACAGAGUUUCGAUCGCUCACGGUUUGUCGACCAUCAACAAAUAAGCAGUUCAAUAGCAAUACAAACCAUGAAAAUCUACCUAACUUUAAGAAAUUCAGGAAGAUAUCGUACCCAGGAGCUGGGGUGUUUCCGCAUAUCAUUGGAGGCUCUGACUUGAUUGCUCAUGAUAGAAAGAAAAAUUCAGAGCUUGAACAAUGGUUACGUCAGGAAGUUGAGGAACAAACUCAGCAAGCCCAGGAGGAAUUGAUGGCUGAGGAUCUAUUCAGAUACAAUCCAAAGUCUAUGAAAAGAAGAAGAUAAAACACUGCAUCAAGCCCACGUUCCACAUUGAUAUAUGGCUGCUCACAAAAUGUGCACAAACAAAAAA